AACCUUCAGUUGCAUUCUAUGAUAUACUUAUAAGUUGAAAAUUCUACGCAGAGUGCAUUGGCAAUAUAAUAAUUAUAUAAAUAAUAACAUUGCGUAAGUAAUUACUGCAGCAAAUUGUGCAACCGGCAACAUUUCUUUACAUACUUUGCUUCUUUAAAACAUAUAGCGUGUAAUAAAAAGCAAGUAGCAAAAUAUUAAAUGAACGUGAACGACAACCGCAUGUUAAUAAGUACAUAUUUAUUUCCUGGAAUACAUAUAAGUAAAAACAUAAACCACAAAAUCUGAGCAGGCAAACAUACGUCGCCUUCUCUCCUGCCUAUGCAAUGACGCAUUGUAGGCUGACAAGCAACCAAACGUAACAAUUCAUGAACACAUGAAUAUGCCAGCUGUUGACUCUUCCAAAGCAUUUGGUAAUUCGAGUUCAUACAUAUACACUGCAUCUACAGCAAUAGCAACAAUGGCCACUACAUCAGGUGGCGGCGGCAGUACGGGAAAUCUUGGCGGGAAUUCAGCCCACAAACGUACCGCCACAUCAGAUUCGUCUGGUCUUCCUGAUGCCGUUUCGCAUUUCUACUAUAAACAUGGUCUCUUCCUCUCAAGCUAUCCCACAUGUGCCACCAGCAUUGCUAUUAUGGCGAUUUUACUUUCGUGCUACCCCCUAAUCAAUGUGCCGCUACCCGGCACAAUACCAACCAAAAUUAUGCUUCCCUUCGACGGUCAUUAUUCACUUUUUACGGAAACGAUACAGCAAAAUGUCUCAUUGGUUAGGAAUUUCUUCAGUCCGCCAAUAACUAACUACAAUUACAGCUACGAUCCGCCGUUUCCAUGGGCAAAAAGUUCACCUGUUUUCUAUGUGCAACAGAUUAUGUUACGCACUGGUGUACUACCCUGGACCGAAGAUUUGCAGCUAAUGGAUGCAUUUCGUGCGCCACUCUAUGAGGUCUUUAAAAUGUUGGAAAUUGUACGCAAUCACGAAAGCGCCGAGAACAAACGCACAUUAGAUCAAUCGUGUUGGCAUGUGGAUAAUGUCAAACGCACACGCGAUGAGAAAGUUUUAUUUCCCGAAUACAAUUGCUUGGUAUUAUCACCGGCGAAUCUAUGGUCACAAGAUAUACAAAAUUUCACCAAAGAUGCAAAUUUGCUGGCAACCAUCUUUCAAUAUCAUAACAUCCAAAAAACUAAAGUCUCCACAGCGGAAAUGCUCUUCGGUGUACCAAUGCAAGAUACUGGCUUCAAGCGUUAUCCGCUUCGUUCGCGUUCCCGCAUAAUACAAUACGCCAUAACUUUGAUUCUAAACCAAAACGAUCAGGAGUAUUUGAGCACACUAAAAGAAAAACUCUUCCAAUACUAUCCACCACUGUCACUCAGUAAAACAGCAACUGAUCAACCAACCUCCCAGUCAGCAUCGUCAUCACAGCCGAACAAGCGCGUUGAUAAAGCUUCAAUUACGUACAUUUUCUACCCGGAUGAGUUCAAAAUGUGGGAGUUUAUGCCACUGGCCAUUGCUUUUGUGCUGCUCUUUAUCUAUAUGUAUUUUUCGGUACGUAAAAUCGAAAUAAUUCGCUCGCGUCUAUUGCUUGCAGUUUGUGCCGUUAUAACAGUGCUCGGCAGCCUAACUAUGUCGCUUGGUGUUUGCUCAUUCUUUGGCCUGACCAUCAGUUUGCAAUCGAAGGAUGUAUUUCCUUUUUUGGUAAUUCUAGUUGGUCUGGAAAAUUGUUUGGUGAUAACGAAAAGCGUAGUUUGCACUCAAGAAACUUUCGACGUAAAGAUACGUGUUGCCAAGGCGCUCAGCAAGGAGGGUUGGCACAUUUCCAAAACGCUACUGACUGAGAUUACCAUACUCACAAUAGGCUGUAUCACAAUGGUACCAGUCAUACAAAAAUUCAGCAUUUUUGCAAUUAUCGGUUUACUCUCUGAUUUUAUGUUGCAAAUGUUGCUUUUCUCCACCAUACUGGCAAUGAAUAUCAAGCUGCCCGAAUACACAACCGAAGCGAAGCAUUUGCCCAAAAUGAUGUUGAGGUGCACUAUGACAAACAGUACAGCCACACCGCCACCUGGCGGUUUCGGCAUGCUGCCCAAUGGACGCAACGAUUAUCGUUUCUUCGACAAGAGCGUGUCUGUGGCAUCAUUGACAGGUGAUGUGGCGCACGCACCUUUCUCUCCCAUGAGCAAUGGUGGUUUGGGUAUGUUUCAUCGUUCACAGUCCCAUCCGAAGCUCACUUUCGCCGAUCUCAAUUCGCACCCAGCCGAUUUGACCGCAAAGGUUGGCAUUCAAGCGAAUAACGUUCGCAUACCGAAACGUCUGCGUAUUGUUAACUUCUGGGCACGUACACGUUUCUUUCAGCGAGCCUUCAUGAUCUGGAUGAGUGUGUGGAUCUGUACGAUAGUCUAUAAUACCGGCUGUUUGGAAAAUCUGCUCGCCGUGGAAAGCAAUCGUACAUCAUUUGCUUAUGAAGAAUCGCAAAGGUUUGUCAAAACAAGCGAACAAACUGCAGUAUCGAGUUUCUUUUCGAAUAUGCAGCACGCAAUACAUGGUGGACCGUCGACAGCUGGUAAGGGUAACAAUGGAAAAACUGACAGUGCUGAUGAAUCAGUGCGCCGCAUUCAUAAAGGUGAAAAUGUGAGGAAAAAGGAAAAAAAUAAAGGCGCAUCGGGCAACGGACCCGUCAACGACACGGAUGCGGAGUUGCGGCGGCUAAUCUAUCCGGAUUUCGAGUUGAACUACUUUCUCUCCAAUUUUCACUGGAGUACCAUUAUGAAGCAAUAUAAUAUUUCACUUAGCGGUCGCUAUGUUACUCUACUACCCACCAUUAAGUUAACGCACGCCAUUGGCCCCGAGUCAGCGGUGAUCCUUCGUAAUCCUCAGGAAAAGAUAACACAAAACUUUCAAUGGAAGGCACUCGCAGCGGCACUCGAUCCCAUUGAUUUUAGUGAUGAUGAGCGUCGUGAAUCGCCAAUGGUAUUCCCGGGCGGUACACCGCUAUAUCCUAAAAGCCCCAUGGAAUUUUUCUUCGCCAUCACAAUGUGCUUAAUCAGCAUUUUUGUACUCAGCUACACUAUGGUUGUUUUCUAUCGAUGCAUAUGCACACGCAACUAUGCGGAAUGGCGUUCCAGUUGGUAUGAGUCGUCGGAGAUGCCACAAAAAACAGAACAUAUACUCGAAGGUGUGCCAACGAAAAUUGUGGGUCACAAACAUACUGUCGAAUGUCUCAUAUCAGAUGGUUCUCAUAUCAUCAGUUGUUGUCUGAGUGGCCAAAUAAAGGUGUGGGAUGCACGCAAUGGCGAGAAUUUGACGACAAUACAGCGCGAACAUAUGCAAAUAGAGACAAAGCGGGAAGGUGGACAGGUGGUGUUCGAACGGGUGGCAUACUCGCCCAUCUGGUGUAUGAGUGCAUUUGACAAUCUUGUAGCGGUAGGCUGUGCGAAUGGGCGCGUCGAGUUAUGGGAGAUGCCGGAGGGCGUGUUGAAGUGUAUUUCGCCUGGCGAAUUGAAGAGCAAUCAAGGCAUAACACACAUUCAUUUGAGUGGCGAUCGUGUGAUUGUGGGGCGCUUAUGUGGACGUCUGGAAUUCUUCCGAUUGGAAACCUAUUGCAAAGGCCAACAAAUCGAUUGGAAUUUUACCUCAGCUUAUCGAAGAACACACGCUCGAACUAGCUCAGCGGGCAGCAUUGGUCUGAUGCAUCAUGCGCAAAUUCCACUGCAGCAACAACAACAUAGAUGUCUACCCGGCCAAUCGCCGCCACCUUCCAAUAAGGAAGAAAUGAAAAUAACAUUGGAAGCAGCGCGUUAUGCACAUCAACAGCCAAUUACCUGUAUGGAGGUGUCUAAUGGAAUGGUAUUCACUGGCAGUCAGGAUCACACGCUCAAAGUGUAUAGUCUGACAAAUGCCAACGUCGAAUAUUCACUACACGGUCAUUGCGGGCCGAUAACUUGCCUUUUCGUCGACCAUUGGCAACCCGGCACUGGUGGCUCUGGUUCCCAGGAUGGUAUGUUGUGUGUGUGGGAUUUAUUUACUGGUGCUUGCAUGUAUAACAUACAAGCGCAUGAUGGUGCCGUCACGGCGUUAGUAUGUGCACCCACAUAUGUUAUAUCGUUGGGCGUGGACGAGCGUAUUUGUGUGUGGGAACGAUUUCAGGGUAACUUGUUGACAACAAUUAAUAUACUGAAUGCCUAUUCGAGUUUGUUGAUGUUGACGCCUUUUUUGCUGGUAACUUGCAAAAUGGGCUCACUUAUCGUUUGGGAUGUGCGCACUGGUGAACCCGCGCGCGAAGUAAAGCUUGAUCAUGCGAAUUCAUUGCUCUGUCCGAAAACUUUAAUGCUCGCCGGCGAUGCAGUUGUUUGUGAUUAUGGCAAUGAAUUGCGUGUCGUGCGUUUUCCUAUAGUAUCCGAUAAGUACAGCUGAAUGUGCAAACAUCAAAUAAACAUUAUCAAUAAACUCUAAAUGCGUCAACACAUGGUGAUGAUAGAAGACAAAGGAGCGAAAAAAUGAUAAAUAUAGCCUAUGUACAUAUGCAUGGAUAACGUAAGCUAUCUUAACAACUGUGAACGUCCACACCACAUACAUGCAUAAUCCGCACCCAAUUGCCUAAGGUCCGAGAGGCUGUGAGGGACUAAAUAAAGCCUUAUGACAACGUCCAGGUCCAAAAUGAAAAACAACUAUUUAAUAAAUUUAAGCGCUUCUCAUUGAUUUUUAGUUGAUAGAAGUGGCUCAUACCUUUGCUGCAAGAGUGUCGUAAUGCAAAAAUAAACAAAUAAAACUUAAUUAAGUAUGCAGAAAUGAUAACAACCUACUUUUCCAGGUUGUGCAAAUUGAAGAAAAUGUGUAUUAAUUUUUACCAUGGGGGCAUAAACUUUAAAGUCGUUUUCCUCGAGUUCUAAAUUUUUUUGAUUAAGACACUCUUGCAGAAAAUGUGCGAUAUGUAAAGGCAUAUCAUGUGUACCAAUAUACAUAUGUAUGUAUGAAAAUUUGUGCAUAUACAUAUGGAUCUACAUACAUACAUAUUUAGAAAUGCAUCACAAAGGGGUGCUUAUUAAGUCCACACAUACAUGCAUAUAUAUUUUUAGUAGAUAGAUACUGUAACUCAUCAUUAGCUUAAAAAAAACGUUUUAUAACUAAUAUAACUGUUUGAUUAACGCUCGCAUUUUAUGUAAAUUAUUUUUUUGAUAACAUUUCUUUUCGUAUUCAUUUGAACUGCAAAUAACUAAGUUAAGCGGUUAGUUUUAUUCAAUCUUUAUAUUUUUACUCGUUUCUUUUUAAUACACAUCAGUGCCUCGCACUAGCCACUAUUUUAUUAACUUUUAGUUGAAUUUUAAUUUUUAUAGUUAUUGUAGCCUAUUGUUAAAUGAACUGACAAUGUAAUUAUAAGUACCCAUUAUACUAUCGAA